ACAAAAAAUAUAAACGCAAUAAUUAAUAAUUGGAUCGGAUUAUUACAAAAAUUAUUAAAUAAUGGCAAAAAUAUGCGAUUUUAUUGUUUUAUUACUUGUUAUAUUAAUAUUUAUUAUUAAUGAAUCAAUCAGUGCCGACAUAUCACAUGAAAAUUGUAGUGAAGUAUCGUUAGAUCCCGACGAAGAACGCAAUGCGAUUCAAAUUAUAAACUCGAGAGGUUUUAAAGCCGAAACACAUUUUGUAAUCACUAAAGAUGGCUAUAUUUUGGGAAUUCAUCGAAUUGUUAAUCCAAACAAUACAGUCGAUGCCAAUCGUAGGCCAGUCCUCUUACAACAUGGUUUGCUCGGGUCGUCCACCGACUGGAUAAUCAAUUCUCCAUUUCUGAACGCUUCCGACUAUCACAUGCAUAACAGCACAUCUGUUGGCAAUAAUUUAGGGUUUGUUUUAUCGCAAAAUAAUUUUGAUGUUUGGCUAUCAAACUCUAGAGGAAAUACUUACUCAACAAAUCAUACGACACUUAAAACCAGAGAUAAAAAAUUUUGGAAAUUUACUUUUGAUGAAAUGAUUGCCUAUGACUUACCUUCUAUUAUAGAUUACAUACUAAAACAAACAAAUCAUUCAUCAUUGGCUUAUAUCGGUCAUUCUCAAGGAACAGCAAUAAUGUUUGGUCUGUUAGCCUCACGACCAGAAUAUUCUCAAAUCAUUGAUCCGUUCAUAGCUUUAGCACCGGUUGCUUAUGUGUCUCAUAUAAAAUCUCCGAUAAGAUAUUUUGCUGAACUUUCCUCUGCACUCAGGUUUAUUGGCGGAGAAUUUUUACCAUCAGAUAAAUUUGUCAGACUAUUGGCCGAAGAGUUUUGUGAUAAAAGAUUGCGAUUUAUUUGCUCAAACAUACUGUUCCUUAUGUCUGGUUUUGAUGAAAAUCAAUUAAAUAUGACUCGUUUAGGUGUAUACUUCACGCACACACCGUCGGGCACCUCGAGCUGGAAUGUGGCACACUUUGGACAGUUAGUUGAGAGCUCAACAUAUCGUAAAUUUGAUUUUGGAAAAGACGAAAAUGAAAUAAUUUAUGGCCAGAAGACACCUCCUGAUUAUGAUUUGAGUUCAAUUAAUUCAACUAAAAUUGCUUUAAUUUAUUCAUUAAACGAUUGGUUGGCAGAUAUUAAUGACGUUAAUGUCCUAAAACAGCAACUCAAAGUGCCAUUAAUGUAUGAUUAUUUGGUGCCAAACAACAAGUGGACUCAUGUGGACUACAUCUUUGGCAAAGAUGCCGGAGUUUAUGUCUAUCCAAAGAUUUUAGACAUUUUAAAAUAAAUAUUAUUUUAUAUUAUUUUCACAAAUCUAUUAUUAUUUUCUAAUUAUUAUCACAUAAAUUAUU